GAGAUAAAAACCCCUACGCUGCUAACUCCAUUGGUUAGCCCCCCAUUCUCCUUCUUCCCCUUUCUCUCUCUAAAACCCCUCUCUCUCUCUCUCUCUCUCUCUCUCUCUUCUUUCUUCUGUACCACAGACAAGAAUUAAAAUUAAAAAAAAAAAAGAGAGAGAGAGAAGAAAACAAAGAACAAAUGAUACUGAGCCCAAGAUUGAAUCCCUUGAGCAUUUGCUUCCUGUCCUGAAGAUAAUGAGCAGAGGCCCCUGUGUCUUCUUCUCAGAAGAAGGAGAUGGUUUCUCAUUUCCAAAAUCCAAUCUUUGACGCCCUUUUCUGCGAGGAGGAGCGUCUCGACGAUUAUGCUGCACCACCACCACCCCCCGCCGCCGCCGCUUCUCAUGAGAUUCGUCAAACUCAACAAAGCCCCUUUACUUUCCUGUUCGACCACGACCUCUUCUGGGAGGACGGCGAGCUCGCCGCCCUUCUCGCCAAGGAGGAGGUGGAGGAAGCCCUGAACCGGGCCGCGCGUUCGGCUUACGAUGCGAUUGGCUCUGAUGGGUGUCUGAAGACGGCGAGGAAUCAGGGCGUUGAGUGGAUGCUGAAGGUGAUUGGGUACUAUGGGUUCAACGCAAUUACUGCUCUUUUAGCUGUGGACUAUUACGAUAGAUUUGUUACGAGUCUCUGCUUUCAGAGGGAUAAGCCAUGGAUGGGUCAAUUGGCUGCUGUUGCGUGUCUUUCCAUUGCUGCAAAGGUGGAGGAAACUCAGGUUCCUCUUCUAUUGGACCUACAGGUAGAAGAAUCGAAGUAUUUGUUUGAAGCAAAGACUAUUCAGAGAAUGGAGCUUCUAGUGCUCUCUACACUCCAAUGGAAAAUGAAUCCUGUCACACCAGCCUCCUUCUUCGACCACAUUGCGAGGAGAUUCGAGCUGAUUAACAACCGGCAUUGUGAAUUUUCGAGGAGGUGUGAAAGUGUCAUUCUCUCUAUUAUCACUGAUUGUAGGCUGGUGGCUUAUCUUCCUUCUGUAAUUGCUGCUGCAACGAUGAUCUAUGUGAUUAGAGAGUUACAGACAUGUGAUGCAUUGGAAUAUCAGGAUCAACUUAUGAAUGUGCUGCGAGCUAGCAAGGAAAAGGUUGAAGAUUGCCAUAAACUCAUCACCGAUGUAAUGGACAAUCUGAGCCGUAGAUCCUGCAACAAGCGCAAGCACGAGUCGAUCCCGAGCAGCCCGAGCGGUGUGAUCGAUGCCUACUUCAGCUCCGAUAACUCAGCCGAUUCAUGGGCGGUGACAUCAUCGGUUACAUCAUCACCCGAGCCUUUGUUCAAGAGAAGAAGCAGAGCGCCGGACCAGCACACAAGAUUGGCUUUCUCGUGGAACGAAUGACUAAACCAUCGUACUCGUUGAACUCUCUCUAUCUCAUUGUCUUAUUUAUUUAUAUGAUUAUGACAAUGGUACCCCUUGGCAAUCGCCCUAUUUUAAGCUAUGUUUUUUUUCCCUAUCAUAAAAAUGUGACAUUUUUCCCACCAUAUCUUGUUGUAUUUCUGUCCCUGAUUCGAAAUGUGAUGGAUUAGACGACAUCUUCGGCAUUUUAACUAUGUCACGUCUUUGAUUGACGAUGGAUGGUAAAAUUGGAAAGAGGGAUUAUCGGAGUUUUCCUUUAUUGGUGAUAUGAAUUUCAAGACUCGAUUUUUAUUU